CAAAAAACGAGAGUGACUUUCGGGUUUUGCUCAGGAUGCUCCUGCCUACCGGACCCAGAAUGCUCUGCGCGGGCCAAGAUGGAAGAAGCCAGCUGCAGCAGGAGAACAAUGUUUGGGCUGUAGAUUUAAAAACGGGGCGGCUGAGGGUGAACUAAGCGGACCACAGCAGCGGGUCAUGGUCCUGCACCGGAUGAAUUUCUGUCCCAUAGUCUUCCUGCCCACCAGCCUUCAGCAUGAACAUCAUUCAAGAUAAACUAGGGAAUGAAUUCCUGCGCUCCAACGGCAGCAUGGACUCCAACUUUGGAGCUGGCAUGAUAAUGUUCAGCCACCUCCCUCCGGUGGCCAGCUUCACCCGGCUGUCGGCGCAUUCCGUCAUGCAGGAACUUCCGCCGCAGGACCUGAUCCUGAAGAAAGAGCGGGACUCUCCUGACUGCAGCGUGGGCGGCCACCAAGGGGGCGCUGCUGCGGUUGGAGACUAUGUUCACGCCAUGGGCAUCAAGCAGGAAAAGCAGUCGGAGCACGAUUACCGCCUGCCGCUCUACCCCGGAGGUCUGGGGCGGAGCGGGGAGGUGCUGGAGGUGACCGUCGGUAACCACCAGAAGCUGCUGGUGUGCGACCUCAACAUUGGCAACCUGUCAAAUCAGUUGGAAAAAGAGGCCACCGGGAGGAAAGGUCGGAGGUCAAACAUUGAUGGACAUGAGGGUAAACCUAGAAAGAAGAGAAGUGAGGCAAAGCAUUCAGUAAUGGAUGCAGACGGUGGCGGUGUGUCUCCAGGAACAAAACCUCACAUCUGUGAACACUGCAGUGCAUCCUUCAGGAGCUCCUAUCAUCUGCGCAGACAUGUCCUCAUCCAUACAGGUGAAAGACCCUUCAGAUGCAGUCAGUGCAACAUGAGUUUCAUUCAGAAGUAUCUUCUCCAGCGGCACGAGAAAAUCCACAGUGGAGAGAAGCCAUUUGGCUGUGACCAGUGCAACAUGCGGUUCAUUCAGAAAUACCACAUGGAGAGACACAAGAGAACGCACAGCGGAGAAAAGCCAUACAGAUGUGAGACCUGCCAGCAGUAUUUUUCUAGAACAGAUCGACUUCUUAAGCACAAGAGAACCUGUGGGGAAGCCAUUAAAAAGGGAUUGGAUCCUGGGAUGAUGGAUCUGGGUUUUGUGGACAUGGGACAGGGCAGCUAUGGAAUUACUCAGGGAAAUGUUGGGAGCACUGGGAGGAAGAAGGGAAAGUCAAAAAGUUCCACAGUGGGAGGCGAGCGUAAGAAGAAGAAAGGAGACCCGAAGGAGUCGCACGUUCACGGAGUUGUAUCUGGAGGUUACAGCAUCUACGAAUACUGUGUGGAGAGUCCCACUGUGUCUUCUUCUACUGAGCCAGGACCCAGCAUGCAACAGGGUCACCAGGAUCAAGGUCCCAAGAUGGCCUUCAAGAAAGCUAACCGGAAGAGCCUGACGAAAGCAGGUCUGGGUCAAGUUAAAGCUGAAAUGUUGGAGCAGGGCGACCUUGGCUUGAUGCAGUGCAACGAGGCUAAGGUAGAAUCCACCAGCAGCAACUACGACGACGCCAUGCAGUUCGUUAAGAAGCGGCGAUAUCUUCAAGCGACAAACAAUGCAAUGCCCUCUGGCGCCUCAGUGGCAGGCGGAGGUGGUAGCGACUACGACGUCAGCGUUCAUUUGUCCUCACAGCCGUCCUCUCUACAGGGCGGGAUUCCAGGAGUAAUGGACAGCGACGGUCCUCUGAAUCUGGAGAAGUCGGGGAUCACCGAUGAGGUGCUGCAUAGCCUCCUAGAUCUCUACACCCAGAAACCCGACAUUCAUUUUGACAUCGGCGACCAACACGUGCAGCUCAGCCCCGCCUCAGCGGACGGAUCCGACGCCAAUGCCCCCAGCCCGUCUGGAGACAAAAGCUCAAUGAUGCAUGAAUACUCCCGCUUCUUGCUGCAGGCUUUGGAGCGCACCAGCCACAGUGCCGGUUUCCCACUGGGCCCCGGACCUCUUCCUUCCUCAGGACCCUUCACCACUUCCCACGCAGGAAAUCCCCUAUAUGCCGACAAGAACAUCUACAGCACGUCCCAUAUGGAGUGCGGCUUCGUCCAGCCGGUGGCUUUGCCUUUGCUGCCCUCCUCAGUGCCAAAGUCUCACUUUGCGAUGCUGAGCUGCUCGUCCCCGCAGCACAGCUUCAACCUGAGCAGCCUGGAGGCCCCCUCACACCAGCAGCUCACCCCUUCUCAGGAGCUCACCGAACAGAUGGAGAAACAGCACUCCACCACCCCUCCCUCAACCUACCAGAUCAGCCCAUCCGACCUGAGUAACCAGAAGGAGCAUCCGGCGGUCAAGAGCGACUCGGCGGCCGUCUACCCUCUGGUUCCCUCGCAGGAUCUGGCCUCUCUGGACUCCUCAAAGCCUUCCUACCAGAUAGAAAACUUCGCCCAGGCCUUUGGCUCCCAGUUUAAAUCUGAAGUUCAUGGUUUGUCUUACAGCGCUGACUCUGGUGGGGAGGUGGAUCACAGGAUACGGACGCCUGUGUCGGAUUUCUCAGGGUAUAGUUUGUUAUCUGAUGUCAAUGAGCCAGUAAGUACAGGUUCCAAAACACCAACAAGCCAAAGCUACAGAUGAAACCUGGGAGAACAUUCUUCAAUGGUUGUUCUUAUUUUAAUCUUUUCUGCUCCUAUUUUAUUAAUCUUAUUUUUGUGACGUAUAUUUUAUUUACACUGAUGCUCUGUCUUUAUGCCUACUCCUCUUCAUGCAAUAAGCCUGCAAGGUAUCCUGCAAAUGCAAUUUGUUUGAAAGAAUCCGAUAUGUCGAGUUUGCGAUAUACCGUCGAUUGGUGUCAUAGCGGUGCCGGUAGGUCUGGUCUUUAUUUAUGAAAUUCACAGAACCUUUCAAGCAUUUUAUUUUUAGCAGAAGCAGUGGAUCUCACAUCCAAUGAGGUGAUUCAACUUUAAAAUAAGAAAUCAUGGCAGGGAAACGCCCAGAACUGAAGCGGCAAAAAAGGAAAUAAUAAAUCAAAUUGUCAAAGGUGUUACUCAGGAAAACGUGGGAAACUAGAAGCUCACGGAGGACAGGGAGCUCACUUUUCAGAAGUGCAUGUUUGUGAUUU